AUGGAGCAAGCAAAACUCUUCACUGAAACAUCCAACAAAGUUAUCACAUGCCGGGCAGCCAUUGCCUGGACAACAAAUGCCCCCCUGUCUAUUGAGAAAGUUGAAGUUGAUCCACCAAAAGCUGGUGAAGUUCGAAUUAAGAUUAUAUCCUCUGGGACCUGUGGUACAGAUAAGCACAUCCUGGAAGGAAAAAAUGAAGUACCAUUUCCUGCAAUUUUGGGUCAUGAGGGAGCUGGGAUCGUGGAGAGUAUUGGAGAAGGUGUAACCAGUGUGAAACCAGGAGAUAAAGUCUUAAUAUUCCUUAUUCCAGAGUGCAGAGAAUGUAGUUCUUGCUUGCACCCCAAGAGCAACUUCUGCUUGAAGCAAAGUAUUCUUCCUCCAACUGGAUUAAUGUUAGAUGGAACCAGCAGGUUUACCUGCAGAGGAAGGAAGAUUUAUCAUCUUUAUGGCACAAGCACAUUCACUGAAUAUACUGUGGUACAUGAAAUUGCAGUGGGGAAAAUUGAUGAUGAUGCUCCCAUGGAUACAGUCUGUAUCCUAAGCUGUGAGGUCCCUACAGGCUUUGGAGCUGUAUUUAACAUUGCAAAGGUCACCCCAGGUUCCACCUGUGUGGUUUUUGGACUUGGAGGAAUUGGCUCAGCUGUCGUCAUGGCCUGCAAAGCCUCUGGUGCUUCUAGGAUCAUUGGGGUUGACAUCAAGGAGGAGAAGUUUCCUCGGGCAAGAGCAUUAGGAGUCACUGAUUGCCUUAAUCCUCAAAAACUCAAGAAACCUGUCCAGGAGGUGGUGGUAGAAAUGACUGGCAAAGGUGUUGACUUUGCCUUCGAGGCCAUUGGACUUAUUGAUACCAUGGUCGCAACUUUGGAAUCGUGCCACCCAAGCUAUGGAGUGGCUGUGAUUAUUGGAUUAGCACCCACAAAUUCACAACUCAUUUUUGACCCAACGCUGCUUCUCUCUGGGAGAACCCUGAAAGGUGGUGCUUUGGGAAAGUAUAAAACCAGAAGCUGUAUUCCUAAAAUGGUAACUGACUACCUUCAAAAGAAAAUCAAUAUAGACCCACUUAUAACCCAUAAAUUGCCUUUUGAAAGUAUCAAUAAGGCAUUUGAAUUGCUCCAAGGUGGACAUUGGUGA